UUCCAAAACAACAUCACACUAUUUCCUGUCUGACUGAAACUAAACUCAUCAGAAUCAGACGGUGCGGAAUUUUCACCGAGAUAUAUCCUCAUUGAUUUAUCGGUUGACUGUAAUACAACGCGUACUUUUAUAAGGUUACUCACCAAGAACUAGGCAUGGCUACAGAGUCUGACUCUCCAGAAGUGUGAGUGUGAAUGGAGUGACACGAGUGGACGAGACUGACGAAUCAUGGACAGCCAAUGCAGUAGCAGUGUGGGGUCCCGGGCCACUCAAGGGGGUUUGGGAAACAUCAACUCCACCCUCGUUUCUUCCCGUAUCGAGUCUUAUGAAGCAGGCGAGAAGAAGUGCAUCUCCGAUGUCCGAAGAACCUUUUGCUUAUUCGUGACCUUUGACCUUUUAUUCGUCACCUUGCUAUGGAUCAUUGAGCUUAAUGUCAAUGGAGGCAUACAAGAGCAACUGAUGCAAGAGGUGUUGCAGUAUGAUUACCACAAAUCCUUUUUUGACAUAUUUCUCUUGGCUGUGUUCCGCUUUGCAGCCUUGAUUCUUGCGUAUGCAGUGUGUAAAGUGCGUCAUUGGUGGGCCAUUGCGAUAACUACAGCAAUCACCACUGGUUUCUUAAUAGUGAAAGUAGUUGUGUCAAAGCUCCUGUCUCAGGGGGCAUUUGGCUAUUUGUUACCCAUCAUCUCCUUCAUUUUGGCAUGGAUAGAGACGUGGCUGCUGGACUUCAAAGUUCUGCCCCAAGAGGCUGGUGAUGAAAUCAGGUAUCUUUCAGUGCAGAGUGUGGCAGAUCAAGAACCUCUUUUAUACCCAGGACCUGUUUCAGAAGGCCAGUUCUACUCUCCUCCUGAGUCCAUGGCAGAUUCUGAUGAAGACCUUGAUGAUAAACUUGAUCUUGAGAAGCCCAUCGUCUAGCAGGAGCUGACUUCUAGAAUACAACAGCCUCUUUUAACGGUGCUCGACUUCGGGCUGUGUGUCUUAAUAUGGGUUUGUGUACGUGGGUUACAAGAACUAGACAGUCACUCUGCCUUAGAUCCACCAUCGCCAUGAUCAGCACUUUGUCACACAAGUGUAAUCGCAUUUUUGUCUGCGUCACUGAACAAAAACCUAUUCUGCUUAUACAACACUGAAUUUAAAUGUGUAUUUUGAAUUUAAUCAACAAUUAAUACCAGUGUUGACCAAGACAUUUAGCUUUUUUUGUCACGUGACACCCUUCAACUGCUUCUGUGUAACAAAGCGACUCAUGCAGUAAAGCUCCACAUGUGUAUUAGCACAUUGCUAUGCCUCUGAUCUCACAUGCAUCACUGGAGAAGACCUAAAUGUGAAUAGCAGUAAAAAGUCUCAGGUCUGCACUGCCACUCUUUAGUGUGUGAAGAUUUCAUAUUUUCCGGUUUAAUCUCUUGUGUUCGGAAUGAACCGAGAGACGAUAGAGACUCGAUUCACUUGCAAAUAAAGGACUGGCUAAGUUUUGCAUGAAAAGCACUUCAAUGAAGAAAUACGACUUGUAAUGAUGCAUGGAUAUGUAAUAGAUUUUAAUGUUUGUUUAGUUUCUCUUCAGUUAGCACUCCUAAACAAAAUCAUCUUAAAAUAAAUCUACUUCCUGUUGACUUGUGCCAUGCUUACUGAACAAGGGCUUAUGUACUUCGGGUCUGGGACCUUCAGUUUUCUAUGAUCUCCAUAUGUUUCCAUCACAAAUCCUCAAACAUGCAGGAUAAUGGCAGAUUGUAUAUUCUUUUUUCCGUUGUGUAUUAAAACAAUGUUUUUAUUAAA